UGUGGAGAGGCGAGUCUAUAGGGUUCGUGCCGCGGUCUCCAUCCCUCAGAGUACGGGGAGUGAAUGCAAAGGCACCGAGGUCCAUAAAGCGUAUAAUAUGCGGAACGAGAAUUGGCCGCAAUUAGUGAAGUGAGGUAAAGUGUUUUUUCGAGGGAGAAACAGCCCGGUGGGCGAGCGGGCACCGGGACUUCAGCAACAGGAGAGCUCUGGGUCCAUGCCCGAGGCGUCGGGAUCAGGCCUCGGCCUCGGCCGUGGCCUUGGGAUGAUAGGCGCGAUGGAUUCGCUGCUGGACGAGCCGGACUAUUCAACCUUCGAGAACAAGAGCGGACUGGCUGAGGACAUGAAGUUCCUGGCGAGCAUGCCCGAGCUCUGUGACGUGACCUUCCUCGUCGGCGACACCCGGGAGCCGGUCUGCGCGGUCAAGGCAGUCUUGGCGGCUCGUAGCAGGGUCUUCCACAAGAUGCUUUACCAGGCACCCAGCCCGCAACGCAAGAAGGAUCCGCCACCCCGGGAAAACAAGAUUCGUCUGUUCCUGAAACGGAGCUCGGAGCCACUGCUCAAUCUCCAGAACGCCACUCAACAGCGAUCAGGCUUCGCGCAGCAGCUGGCCCCCAUUCAAGAGCCACAGUCGAACCAACAUCAUACUCUGAUCAUAGAGGAGUUCGAACCCGACGUCUUUCGCCAGCUCAUCGAGUAUAUCCACACCGGCUGCGUGACUCUUCAACCGAGAACUCUGCUAGGCGUGAUGAAUGCUGCCGAUUACUACGGACUUGACGAACUCAGGAGAGCUUGCGCCGGUUUCGUUCAGUGCUGCAUAACGGUCGACACAGUCUGCGCUCUUUUGGCAUCGGCGGAACGGUACAUUCAGUACAAGUGCACGAAAUCGCUGGUGCAGAAGGUCCUGGAGUUCGUCGACAAGCAUGGAAACGAGGUGUUAAAUCUGGGCUCGUUCACCCUUCUGCCUCAGCACGUGGUCCGGUUGAUACUUGCUAGGGAAGAACUCGUCGCCGAAGAGUUCACCAAGUUUCAAGCCGCCCUGAUGUGGAGCAAGAAGUAUUUCGACAGCAACCAGAACACGCCGCUGAAGGACGUGAUCGGCAACUUCCUGGUCUACAUACAGUUCCAAAAAAUACCGGCAAACGUCCUGAUGCGGGAGGUUCACCCGCUGGGUCUCGUGCCCGACAACAUAAUCAUGAACGCAUUGGCCUAUCAGGCAGACCCAACCAGUGUCGACCCCGGGAAACUCUCCCCACACAGAGUGAGGCGUCAGGGACGCAGUAUGUCGGUGCAGUCGUCGCUGGACCCUUAUGGCAGCAACACGACCCUGAGCUCAAGCGGAAGUGACGUCGGUUCGGACCAGAAACAAAACUCGGGUAGCAACUAACCUACAGCCGCGGCCGCCCCAGCUGCGGCCGCUCCGGACGUCCCGAUGCCUUUCCCUGAACGCGAACCCCCCUUACUUGUUCCGCGAGAGGAUGUCGGCGGCGAUCCUGCGGCCGCUGACUUGGGCGGCCUUUACAUCCGCUUUGUCCUUAGGCAGGAAGGCCGGGCAGACCUUGUUUGGCUCUACAAAACCCACAAGUUUUAACCACUUAAACUUAAAAGCAAGGUGUCCCAGGUCGAUCCCUUCGAUUUUAUUUCUUUUGUAAUAUGUUAUAGCGGACUUAAAACUGAGUG